GCAGAGCUCUCCGCUAUGGCAAGAACCAAGCAGACGGCCCGUAAAUCCACUGGUGGCAAGGCGCCCAGGAAGCAGCUCGCCACGAAGGCUGCCCGCAAGAGCGCCCCCGCUACCGGCGGCGUGAAGAAGCCUCACCGUUACAGGCCCGGCACCGUGGCUCUGAGGGAGAUCCGCCGUUAUCAGAAAUCUACUGAGCUGCUCAUCCGUAAGCUGCCCUUCCAGCGCCUGGUAAGAGAAAUCGCUCAGGACUUUAAGACCGAUUUGCGCUUCCAGAGCUCGGCUGUCAUGGCACUGCAGGAGGCGAGCGAGGCAUACUUGGUCGGCCUGUUCGAGGACACUAACCUGUGUGCCAUCCACGCCAAGAGAGUGACCAUCAUGCCCAAGGACAUUCAGCUGGCACGCCGUAUUCACGGAGAGCGCGCUUAAACGCGG